AUGCACAUCACCGUAGACGGAGCUUCUCUGGCAUCUAUGUGGGCGCUCCUUAAAGACCUCUUCAAAACUCGGAGCAGGCGGACCUGGAUUCUAUUCCUGUACAUGCUAAUAUCGAUUUUUGGGCGUUGUGUCGGGUGGGUUUCCAUUGGCAGUGGCGAGCAGAUUGCCCCUGCAGGCGAUUUCACACCGGGAUAUUUUAUAACGAAAGCGGGAAAUGACACGUUCAAUGCUACAUGUUCGGCCUCAGAUCAGUUCACUCUACUCGAAAAUCUGUGGUAUGGCCAUUUCAUGAACGUUCAUUCAGUACAGUCGGUGGCCGCCAACAUAUUACGAGGAGCAUUUGGAGUUCAAAGGCUGGAACUGGACGGAUUCUCCACGUCUUCAUUCCAUGUACACCAAUAUUUCCUUUUAGGCACCUUUCACUAUCCCAACAACAUCGAGACAUUUUCGUCAUGGAACUGGGCUAACGGCAGCUGGGAAAUGCGGACACCCAGGUGCAGGAUAUCCCUCAAUAUAACUCUCUUUAGCCGUGUAUAUGACGCCGAAGACGAAAGUUACGAACCCCUCCUAUCAGUGGGGUUGCAGUACCGUGCUGUCAACAGUGUUUGCUAUCUAUCAACUGGUCUGGGCUACCACCAUGUAUAUUAUCUGGCAGGAUUCACAGUUCAACUCGAAGCUUGUGAAGAGUGGAUAUGCGAUGACGCAGUUGAGAGCUGCAUUCACAUUGGCCACGGCUGCAAGGAGCAAGACAGGGAUAGAAAAUCGGGAGUUGCUCUAGGCAGAUACGAAGAGUUUGGAGAGGGAACUGUUUGGGACAAGGACGGUGCAGGGCAAGAGAUAUUUGAGGGACCAGUUAUCGGGUUGCUUGUCGAAUUAACUUGGCAUGUUGAAAGUUGGAACUUUGUAACUUACCUGAUGGGGCUAGAGACUUUCUGUAUUUGGGUGUGGCAUCGUACGUGGCUCAGCAAAUGGAACCGCUGGCGCAUUCCCAUUUCCAAUGAUACAGCUCUUUCCUCCGCGAUAGAGUUUCAUUCCAUGGCUCGCAACGCUGAACAUGCGCGCAUACGCAUGCCUAAGCCCAUGUCAGAGGCUCGGAGAGAGCGUGACGUCCUCCGACUCUAUAGCUCGGCCUUUCGCGACAUUCCUUACCUUGACCAGCUUGGCCCAUCCCCAGAUCUCUGUUUUCUCCCUCACGACCAUGUCGCCCGCCGGGCCCAAGACUCCGCUCUCAUGGGCUUCGCCCAGUUGGCGUCAAUCCGCCUGGGUGCCAAUCGUGCCUUAAUCUCGCUCAUUGACGGCCAGCGACAGCAUAUCCUAGCGGAAGCCACGCCAGACACAUCCUUGCGGUUCGACUCUAAACUGCCUCCUGGUGAUUUAUGGCUCGGCAACGUGAGCAUUCCCAGGACGUGGGGAGCUUGUGAGGCCGUGCUUUGCAUAGAUCCUACAAAGCUAGCUACUAGUGAAGAUGCCACCGUCAUCAUAAAUGAUCUCUCAGAGCACGAGACUUUUCGAAUGCGAUCCUAUGUGAGGGCGGGGCCGCAGGUGCGAUUCUACAUCGGAGUGGCUUUGACCAGUCCCUCAGGAGCCAUCGUCGGCGCUCUAUGCAUCUUUGACGACAAGCCUCGCAGGGCGGUAUCGCGGCCAGACAUCAUAUACCUGACCGACCUUGCCACUACCAUUGUGGAGUAUUUGGACACAUAUACGCUCAGGGAUCAGUACAAACGAGGAGAGCAGAUGACUCGCGGUCUCAUAUCAUUCACCGAUGGAGCUUCAACUCUACAGCCGUUUGAGAAUGAUAUUCAGGACCCUUCCGCGAGGCCUAAGCUUUACGAAAGAUCGAGAGCUCCAAAGUCUGGAAUAGCUACUGAGCCGCCCCCAAGGCCACCUCCGGAUCCGCCCUCAAAAACCAAGACAGACACAACAUCCUCAAGAACUCUUAAUGGUACAUCGGCCGCAUCGAGUGCUAUCUUGCAGAGCCGGCAGGACUUGAUGCAACGGGGAAAACUGCCCAAAACCGUCUCUACACAACAUCAGACGGUUAAGGCGUUACAAGAAAGCAUUUUGCCACUGAACUCCAAACGAAUGUUUGCACGUGCAGCAAACAUCAUGCAAGCAUCAAGUGAUUUGGAUGGAGUUCUUAUUCUGGACGCCUCGGUCACGGCAACAAGCCAGUACCAUCACGGCGAGGAUACCGAGUACGGGUCGGAAGCCAAUUGGGAGAGUGCCUUGGAUUCGAAAUCGUCCAGCGAAGAGACACUCUUGACGCCGCAGAGUUCAAGAAAAACUUGCCAAAUACUUGGAUGCGCGACUUUGGAGAGACCUAAUGUCGCUGGAGCCGGGGCCAGGCUCGCACAACCAUCUCUCCCGGAGGCAGAUCUGACACGCUUGUUCCGCAAGUUUCCUGCUGGUAAGGUGCUAUACUUUACGGCCGAUGGUGAACCUGUAUCCUCGGCAGAUGAAUCGGAAUCAUCUGGUGGCCCUGGUAUCUUGAACGAAAGGCUAUCACUACGAGAACAACAGAGGCGCAAGACGCCAGUCGAUCGUGUGGGUAAAACUUGGAAGGCUAUUCUAACUGCCCUACCUGGCGCUCGCAGUGUCGCUUUUGUACCAUUUUGGGACUUCCAAAGGUCAAGAUGGUUUGCUGGGUGUCUGUGCUGGAGUAAUCGACCCGAUCGCCUACUCUCCACACAAGUAGAUCUCACCUACUUCAAAGUCUUUAGUAGCUCAAUUAUGAACGAGCUCGCAAGACUAGAUGCUAUCGCCUCGAGCCUAGCCAAAACAACGUUUGUCGCUUCCAUCUCUCAUGAGCUUCGCUCACCAUUACACGGCAUUCUUGGUACCUUACGGUUCCUCCAGGAUAGCCCCCUCGACUCGUUUCAGAUAUCGAUGCUCAACUCCAUGGCAGCGUGCGGACAGACCCUCCUUGAUACUCUCAAUCACGUCCUAGACUAUGCGAAGAUCAACGAAACAAAACGGAAUCUCUCUUCGAAACGACUGAAGGGUAUAAAUACCAUUCGGUUGUCCUCGAAACCACUUACAUCACAAAGUCCUCAUAAGUCAGUGUUACAGGGAUCUGCUUUCGAUCUAGGAUUAGCAACAGAAGAGGUGGUUGAGGCUGUCUUUGCAGGCGUAAAUUACCAGCCCACCUCAAGCACUGAAGAGGAUGGUCCUUCCUCUCCAUUGGAGCCGAAUUCGGAACCCGAGAGGACUUCACCCCUUGGGGCAAUUGUGAAACGCAAGUGCUGUUUCGUUGUUCUGGACGUUGCGAAUGAGGAAGACUGGAUCUUUUGUGUCCCUGCUGGUGAAUGGAGAAGGAUUGUUAUGAAUGUUUUUAGCAACGCAUUGAAGUACACUGAAUCCGGGCACAUCCUGGUGUCUCUUCGAGCGGGGGAUCAGAGCAACGGCGCGAGUACUUUCACUCAUGUUACCUUAACUAUCACUGACUCUGGUUCGGGAAUGAGCCCGCAAUUUCUGGCAAACAAAGCUUUUCAGCCCUUUUCUCAGGAGAACUAUCUAUCACCCGGCACCGGCCUUGGCCUCAGCAUUGUGCAACAGAUCAUUGAAACCAUUGGCGGAAAGAUCGAGGUUAGCAGCGACACUACGAAGGGUACCAAGCUCACCAUUAAGCUUGCGCUACCCAGGCCAGAGAACCCACGACUUGAUGUAGCUCCAAGAACUCAGUUUCUAGCUUCUGUGCCACGAUUGGAAGGUCGACGCAUUUGUAUAUUAAACAUGACUCACCCCAGCUAUAUUAAGUCCCCAGUGCUACAUUCGACGGAUGAAGGUCUCAAGUAUUUCGCUGAUGCUUUGGCGAGGACUUUGACCAACUGGCUCAAAAUGAAGGUCGUUCAUACGAGCGAGUGGGAUGGACACGACGCUGAUAUAGUUAUAUGUCCGGAGGUUUCAUUCGAAUAUCUCUCAGCCAUUCGACAGCGAAGAUUUGCGAACGAGAGAGCUCCGGUGACGAUCUUCGUUGCAAUGGAUGGGCUAGAAGCGGCGACACUACGCUUGGAUGCCCGCAUGACAAAUAAGGAGUCUGUUGUUGAAAUCAUGACCCAGCCAUGUGGACCUUACAAACUAGCAAGCUUAAUUUCCCAUUGUCUCGAUCGCUAUGAAUCUCUUAGUGAGAAUUCCCAGUUCCACGCUCAUACAAUAUCUUCUCCUCAAUCCACUCCCGACCCGGAUCCAAACACUCCCGCUCCACCUGUAAUCACAGAGAAGCGUUGGAACCCAUCCUUUCCGCUACCAAUUCCGCCGAUAUUUGAAAAUUCACCAGAGUCAAUGUUUGUGCCGAAUGUCUCUAGUCCUCGCCUCCCCAACCAACUCAGAACUUCCAUCUCGAACGUCCUGAUUGUCGAUGAUAAUCCUAUCAACCGCCGACUCCUCGUCGCCUUCUUGAAAAAGCGAAGCCUCGCCCACAAAGAGGCUACGAACGGACUCGAAGCCCUUCGCGCAUACCAGAACGAGGCCAUCAAGUUCGACGUGAUCCUCAUGGACAUAUCAAUGCCAGUAAUGGACGGUAUGUCAGCAACACGCGCUAUCCGCCAGUAUGAAGCGAAGAAUAGCAUCAAACACGCCCAUAUCAUAGCACUCACGGGCCUGGCAUCCGCAAGUGCGAGGCUCGAGGCUUGGAGCUCCGGUGUGGAUUGUUUUAUGACGAAGCCGGUAGAUUUCAGGGCACUGUGGAGGGCUUUGAUAAAUGGGGAGAUGAAUGGGGAGUUGAAAGGAAAAGCUUGAAGAUGCAAGUAGAGG